UGUGUCUUACUAUGUACGACAAUACAUUUCUAGAAGGGCUGAUGAUUAGAUAUUACCCGAAUCUUAAGCUUCUUCUCCGAAUCACCGCCCGCAUAUUACGUUUCUCUCACCCUGAGUUCCGUGAUAAUGACAGACUUUCUCCGGUCGAAGUCGAAUUUGCGCUUCGGAAGUAUCUACAACAUAUACAGAGCAAGCAUUUUCCGAAUGAAAUCAGUCGGUUGCAGAGAAACCUGGAAGUUCAGCGAAGCAGUUCAUUACAUCAGCUCCGUCCCUUUUUGGACGAAAACGGAUUAGUUAGGGUGGGCGGUCGACUGCAACACGCUGAGUUAAGUUACGAUUCUACGCAUCAAAUAUUGCUUCCUCGACACUCGAUUUUGACAUCGCUCAUUCUCGUUAACGAGCAUCACGAACAGUUUCAUUGUGGGCCUCAGUUGCUGUUGGCAUCCUCUCGGAAGCGCUACUGGAUUCUGCGGGGAUGUAGUGCCUCUCGUAAAGUAUGCCGCGAUUGUGUUAUGUGCAACAGAUCCAGACCAACGCGAAUGAUCCAGCAAAUGGGACAGUUACCGGCGGAUCGCUUAAAGCCUCAACCUCCAUUCGUAACAACAGGGGUUGACUAUGCGGGACCUGUGAAUAUUAUUGGACGAAAAACCCGCGCUGCUGUACCUUCCAAGGGUUACAUUGCGUUGUUUGUGUGUCUCGGAACAAAGGCGGUGCACCUUGAGGCGGUCUCAGAUCUUAGUGCAUCAGCUUUUCUGGCGGCGUUUACCCGGUUUGUCAGUCGAUAUGGAGUGCCCUGCAAAAUGUAUUCUGACAACGCAACAAACCUACGAUCAGCAGCGAAAAUACUCCGAGGAGAAAACGAUAAGCCCCAGCAAUGGCCGUUAGGCCGUGUCCUCCAAGUAUUUUCCGGCACGGAUGGGUUAGUAAGAGUUGUAUCUGUAAAAACGGCGAAUGGUAUAUUUCGCCGCGACAUCAGAAAGCUUCGUCGGUUUCCUUUGGAUAGCGAUGAAUAUGUUCCCUAUCGUCGUGUGAUUUAAAUUACUGCAAGUAAUUUGGUGGGCGGAUUAUGUUGCCACCAUAUUCAAGGACCACCCUACGUGGGAAAGCUUGUGCUACCUGUCUAGAUGAAACUCAACCUACAUAUUUCUAUUGAAUUCAUUUACUUUGUUCAAUAUAGUUCAGUUACAGUUUGAAGUUUGUAAGAAACGCGUGUACCUUUUUACUCGACUCCGUUUUCCGAAAUACCCUUCGUCCAUCAAUCAAUUCCGUG